CUCUACAAUAGAAGUUGACGAAGCUCUGAAAAAGUGAAAAUGCCAUAACUGUUGCCUUCUCUUUCGCAAACGCUUAUUGCUAAUCUUCGUCGUCGUCAUCUCCACAAUCCACCAAAACCUAUCUCCAUUUUUCUCAAAUUCAUACGAUUUCACCCCAUCCCCCAUAAUUAAUCCACCCCAUUCCCAUCCCUUUUUAUCCUCUAUAAGAAUCCACGGACCAGCCUCUUCUCUCCCAUCUCCAACAAUGGCUUCUCCUCUCAUACUCACCAUUUUCCUCUCUCUCUUCCUCCUAUCCUCCGCCCUCGACAUGACUAUAAACAUAAUCCCCUACGAUCACACGGCUACUUCCCACGAGAAUCUGGUGUCGGUGUACGAGUCCUGGCUUGCGAAGCACGGCAAGUCCUACAACGCCAUCGCCGAGAAGGGUGACCGCUUCGAGAUUUUCAAGGAUAACCUCAAGUUCAUCCGCGAGCACAACUCCGUCGACCGCCCCUACAAACUGGGGCUCAACCGCUUCGCCGAUUUGACCAACGAGGAGUACCGGUCGAUGUUCGUCGCUGGGCGCCUGCACCGGAAUGACCGGUUCAUGAAGCCACGGCCGAGCCAUCGCUACGCUCUCAACGCAGGGGAGAAGUUUCCCGAUUCUGUUGACUGGAGAGACAAAGGCGCCGUUGCUCCGAUUAAAGAUCAGGGCCAGUGUGGGAGUUGCUGGGCUUUCUCAACGAUCGGUGCUGUGGAAGGGGUGAAUCAGAUAGUCACCGGAGAUUUGAAGGUUCUGUCAGAGCAGGAGCUAGUUGAUUGUGAUACAUCAAGCAAUCAGGGUUGCAAUGGUGGAUAUAUGGAUGAUGCAUUUGCUUUCAUAGUAAAAAAUGGUGGCAUAGACACAGAGAUUGACUAUCCCUACAGCGGCGUUGACGGCACUUGUGAUAUCAACCGGAAAAAUGCCAGAGUAGUCUCCAUAGAUUCGUACGAAGAUGUCCCUGAGAACGAUGAGCAAGCCCUGAAGAAAGCCGUGGCGAAUCAGCCAGUCGCUGUUGCUAUUGAAGCAGGGGGCAGAGCUUUCCAGCUCUAUGAAUCGGGUGUCUUCACCGGUCACUGUGGGACCGAGCUAGACCAUGGCGUGGUUGCUGUUGGAUACGGUACUGAGAAGGGAAAAGAUUACUGGAUAGUGAGAAACUCAUGGGGGAUGAGCUGGGGAGAGGAAGGGUACAUCAAGGUUGAGCGCAACGUGGCUAAUGUGAGCAUGGGGAAGUGUGGUAUAGCGAUGGAAGCGUCUUACCCUGUCAAGACAGGGCAGAAUCCGCCUAACCCUGGGCCGUCUCCUCCAAGUCCGGUGAAACCCCCUGUGGUGUGCGAUGACUACCAGACGUGCCCGGAGGGGAGCACCUGCUGCUGUGUGUACCAAUAUGGAAGAUUCUGCUUUGGCUGGGGCUGCUGCCCAUUGGAGUCUGCCACGUGCUGCGAUGAUAGCGAGAGCUGCUGUCCACACGAAUACCCUGUCUGUGAUGUUGAUGCAGGAACUUGCCUAAUGAGCAAGGACAAUCCGCUGGGGAUACCAGCGCUCAAACGAGGCGUGUCAUCGAAGCCAAAUUGGUCGAACCGUGUGUUUGGGAGGAAGGCGAGCAGCAGCAGCAGUGCUUGAGAUUGCUGCAAGGGAAGUUAUUGUUUUUGAGGAGUAGAGAUGGAAACCCUUUCUCAUCCUCAUCUUAUUCAAUCCGGAACACUUUUUUUCUGUAUAUAUUUAUCCCUUCAGUAAUUUGAUGUAUUCAUGAAUUGUUACUUCACUCUAUUGUUAGUGCUUUAAAGAAUUACUACAUAUGUAAGAUGCUUUUUAUCUCGUUGAAAGAAAAUAUGUGUUAAAGAGUUAUCGAUUAACAUGAGAAACUGAUUUAGUUUCUUUGGAAUUACUAUAAAUUUGAGAUGCUAAAUCGUA